AUGGCUCCCCUUGUCUGGUUUAUCACCGGCGGCUCCUCGGGCCUCGGCUACAACCUGGCUCUCCAUGCGUUGGGAGCAGGCCACAAGGUCAUCGCGUCCGUUCGCAGUAAAACGAAAUCUACCGACGCGGUCCGGGCCAUCGAGUCGAAAGGGGGAAAGGUCAUCGAGCUAGACGUGUGCAAAGCAAACACCAUCCCCGACGCAGCCAAGCAAGCAGAGAACUUCUACGGCCGCAUCGAUGUCUUGGUCAACAACGCGGGUUAUUCACUCUUGGGAGCGGUGGAGGACAUGAGCGACGACGAGAACUACCUCCAAUUCGAGACAAACUUUUUCGGGCCGCUGCGACUCAUCCGUGCCGUCCUUCCCUCCAUGCGUGCGCAGGGCAGUGGCACGAUCGUGAACGUCUCCAGUAUCGCUGGACUGGACGGACUCCCGUCUUGUGGCAUGUACGCUGGCAGCAAGUUCGCGCUUGAGGGUUUGUCUGAAUCACUUGCGCGGGAGCUUGACCCGUUUAAUAUCUCCGUGCUUUUGGUGGAGCCGGGUGCAUUCAGGACCAACUUCCUUGCAGCAGCUGUCAAGAACGAAACUGGAUUAUCAGAAACCUAUCGAGGGACACCAGUAGACGCUGCCCUAUCCAAGUUUGACAGCUUGCAGGGAACACAGAGGGGAGAUCCAUUGAAAGGCGUGGCCCGAGUGUUCGAGGUUGUGACAGGAGAAGGACAGGCUGGGUCGCUGAAAGGAAAGAUUCUAAGAUUGCCCCUUGGGUCCGACUGCGUGGAAAGAAUCGAGGCAAAGCUAAAGAGCCUCUCGCAUGACCUUGACGCCACUCGUGAGGCGGCUUUGAGCACAGAUUAUUAG